AAAAAACAACAAUCUAAAAACUCUCAAAAAUCACUUUUUUUUUUCGAAAAAAUGAACGAACUUAAAGAUGCAAUACGAAAUAUGGACAUAUGCAGAUUUUGCCUGAAUCUGACUGUGUCCAAAAUCAAUCUUUCCACCGACGAUUUUGCCAAAAUGGUCGAGAUACUAACAUCAAUCAAGAUCAAACCUGAUGAUGGCCUUUCGCAAAUCUCUUGCUUAAAAUGCGCCAGAGAAGUAAAGACAGCUUUUUUAAUCAGAAGACGUAUUAUACAAUCCCACAGGACACUUACCAGCAAAAUAAAUCCUGAAACUCUAAACACUUUAUUCACUCCAAGUCAACAAUUGGAAAGUAUCAUUAUUGAAACUGAAUCUGCUGAAGAUGCUGAAAGUUCUCCUGAACUAGAACACUGCCCAGUAGAAGUAAAAUUGGAAGAACCAACUUCAAGUAACAAUAAUUUCAGCCUGGCUAUUAUCAAUGAAGGCAUGAAUGAAAAAAUCCAGAAAUUGAAACUGUCACUGAACAACAAAUAUUUGAACAAACAAAAAACAUUAUUGAGCAUCAAGAGAAGGAAUAUUCUCAAGGUGCCCGUUGGGCCAAAACCAAAAAAGCCAGAACCCCCAAAAUUGUAUUGCCAAACGUGUCAAAUCAAAUUUGCCAGUCGAAUGAAAUACAACAACCACAUGAGUAAGCACAGAAAUAAGGCUUGUCCAGUUUGCGCUAAGCAAGUGCGAAGUGCUUACUUGAAAAAACACAUGCUGGUACACAUAGAAGCCCCAGUUAUAUGCGAAGUGUGCGGUGUCACAUGCAAAAACUCCAUAAGCCUGAGAAUGCACUUUGUCUAUUAUCACAAUUCAGCACAAAUUAUUUGCGAGGAUUGUGGCAAGUCUUUCAAAACCAAAACGAAACUGAUGUAUCAUCAAAGGAAGGAUCACAUCAAGGAAAGAAAUCACAAGUGCGAGACUUGCGGCAAGUGCUUCUUUGAGAAAAUCUAUCUCACAAAACACAUCAACAUGAAACACAUGAAGCUGCGGCCUCAUAUUUGCGAAUAUUGCGGUAAAGGAUUUUCUGGCAAACACGCUUUGCGCACCCACAUAAGACAGCACACAAAGGAGGCCCCAUACCAAUGCACUUUUUGCAAGGAAGGAUUCAGGCAGAGGGUCUCUUUGAGGGCGCACCUGAGAAGUCGUCAUAAUGUCCAAGAGAAAAAUGAUAAGUUUUGUGAUGUCUGUGGUAAAGGGUUUGCAACUGCCAUGGCUUUGGAUGUUCAUGCCAGACUGCAUGCUGAAAUCAAGUGUCCUCAUUGUCCUGACACAUUUGCUGAUGAAACUUAUUUAGGUUUUCACUUGUCUAGUAAACAUCCUGAAGUUGACCUGAGCGAAACUUUAGUAAAUUGGGAAGAAUUUGGAUCCUGAAUUUAUUUUGUUGGGGAGACUUUUUUCAAAUAGCAUUUAUUUAUUUCUAGUUGAUUAUUUUUUAUUACCUAUUUAAUCAAAAAUAUAUAAUUCUGUAUUCCAAAU